CCCCCGCUGUUCGUGGCCGAUGUGCGGGCCCGAGUGCGACGCCCAGCCCGACCACGAGCCCGAGUGCCAGGUUACGAGUGCCGCCGGGCUGAACCUGGACGCCGAGAUGGCCAGUGCCGAGACGCCCGUUCACCUGUACGAGGUCGUCACGGUUCUCAGAUGCCUCGUGAUUGCAAGCAGGGACAACAAGAAGUGGCGAGCGAGCACAGAACGCCUGAAUACCCGGUACCUGAAGGCCGUCGGAUCGCCCCAGUACCACCACAACCAGGAAUAUGUGGUUAAUGCCUUAAGGGAUAAGUUUCUCUUACACCAACACCCGGGAGUUGAUGCGUCUGAUGCUGCCAUACACACUGCUCUAGGCUUGCUUCAGAUCAACAACAUUCCCACAAAGACGCGCUAUGGAGAAGUUCAAGCCAUUUACCCAAUGUCUUCGUUACUGAGUCAUUCGUGCAUCCCCAACACCAAAAUGCAGUGGGAGAACGGACGUCUGACCGUACGGGCAUCAGACCCCAUCAAACGCGGCGACCCCAUCACCGCCAUCUUCACAGACAUCCUCUGGGGCACGAGGGCAAGGCAAGACCACAUCCAGCAGACGAGACUCCUCACCUGCACUUGCAAACGGUGCCAGGACCCGACGGAACUUAACACCUUCUUCUCAGCUCUGAAAUGCCGAAGGUGCGGGGGGACCGUGUUACCAGAGAAGCCCCUGGACGACGGGAGUUCUUGGCUCUGUCGGGAGUGCUCUCAUCAGAUGACCACAGAAGAAGUACUAGGGACGAAUUUGGCCCUGGGUGCGGCCGUGGAGGUAGCACUAACCAAACCCUCCAUAACGUCCCUCGAGGCUCUGCAGAAGGAGUGGGUGCAGCGAGUCCAUCCCAACCACUACCACCUCCACGCCGUCAAGCACUCGCUCCUGCAGCUCUACGGGAGAUCCAAGGAGAAAGCAAACGAGGAGGAGAAAGACGAAGCCCACUGGAUCGAAAUCGACAAGAAGGAGAAAGUCUGCAAGGAAUUCCUCACCGUGUGUUCCCGUCUGGAUCCCUCCACCCAGCACACAAUUCCCUUCGUCGGCCUCACGUUCUACGAAUACCACAAGACGAUCCUGCAGAAUGCCCAGCGCCACUUUUCCCAGGCGAAGCUGACGACGCAGCAGCUCAAGAAACGAAUGCUCCUGUCCAAGGCUUUGUUACGAAAAGCUCUCGAGAUUUUCAAGAACGAACCGGAGGAUACACCCGAGGGCCAGCUGUGUAUUACGUGUGAGGAAGAAAUAAUUCGUAUAGGAAAGUGGAUGCUGGCAGUAGGGUUGGUAUGAGUGUUAGUGUGAGUCGGUGUAUGGGUUAGCAUGAGAGAGAGAGAAGGAGAGUGAAGGAAAGAGAGAGAAAGAGAGAAAAAUAUGAUGGGAGGGAGAUAUCAGAUUCAAAUAGAGUGAGAGAAUAAGAAAAGAUUGGAAAGGGAGGGAGAGGGGGAAGGGCAAUGAGAGAAAGAGAAAACAAAAUUGAGAGAAAGAUAAAAAAGUAGAGGGUGAAGAGAGCGAGAGAGAGAGAAAGAGAAAGCGAAAAUAAAAUAUAAAUGGAGGGAGGAA